AUGGAGUACGUACCCCCCGAUGAGGCGGUCAGCAACCCGACUGUGGGCAAUACGUACCUCUACCUCAUCUGCACCUCUGACUGGUCUGUGUCUUUUUCACCAUCGUCAAGCCUCAGCGUCUAUCGUCCAAACAAACAACUCCGGGCAUCUCAGCUGCCUCCGAAUAGUCCUGCUGAUCAUCCAUCACCGCAUUUUUGCCGCCCGGCGACGCAGAGCCGAUUGUUUCAAUCCGCCGCCAUCACAAAUCACAACUCGAAGCCUGAGAUGUCAUCUCUGCCCACUAGCCAGGAUGCCUGCCUCGAGUUCCGCGAGAAUGGAGUGGAUAUGCUCGCCCAAGCCGAAAAGAAGAUGCUGAGCAUGAAACCAGCCUUUGUUUCACCAGAAGUCGAUUCAACCCCACGGCAGCAGAGGCUAGUUCUGCAAAAGUAA